AUUUCACUUAUUAUUACGAAAAUAGACCCUAAAUUGUUUGCCAUGGGAUUAUUCCAAAAUAAUCAAUCCGAGGCUGUGAUUAAUUUAAGCGAAACGGUUCUUCUACAAUAAAGCCUUCUGUCUCUUCUACUCUUCCCUCCAAGUUCUCAACGGUUCUUGUUUGUCUAGGAUUUGUUUGGCUGAGUGCAAUAAAAAUCCUUUCCCUAAACUACACUCUUCUACUUAUUACUAGAUACAUCUCUUCCCUUGUUUUCUUAUUCGUAUGAUUUUAAAGUGUGAAAAUUAUUUCCCCCUUCCUUAAAAACAGCCAAACAGGGACUAAUUUUCUUCCCUUCUAUUUUUUUUGUUAGCAUUUUCUUUGUUAACAAGGCUGAAGAACAGUUAUGGUUUCCUUGGUAAUUCCCAAUGGAUUAAUUUCAAGCCCAAUAUUAUUUACAAAAAAUCCAGCAAAAUUCCCCAAAUCAUCCUCUUCGUUGAAAUUACCCAUCAUUUGUUUUGAUUCCCAAACCUCAAAGUUCCUUACCCCCUAUGAUUUUAUCAACAAAUUAUGGAAACCCAAUUCAAGAAAAUAUACAAAUUCCGUUGUUAUUGCUCCAAAAAGUAAGGGUAUGAGGGGUAGAAGUGGUGAUGAGAUUGUUGUUGAGAUAAAAAAGAUUGGGGGAAGCAGAAAGGGUAGUGGAAGUAAUAGUAGAAAGCAAAUGGUGGUUUUGUGUGGGUUGGGUUAUUGGGUUCAAGGGUUUAGGUGUUUUCCAUGGUUAGCUCUUAAUUUUCACAUGGCACAGAAUCUGAAUUUUGACCCUUCAACUUUGCAAUUGGUGCAAAAUUGUGGUAAUCUUCCAAUGGUGGCUAAACCCUUGUAUGGGAUUUUAUCUGAUGCUCUUUAUAUUGGUUCUGCUCAUAGAAUUCCAUACGUUUGUAUUGGAGUUAUUUUGCAGGUGUUGUCAUGGGGACCAUUAUCUUUGAUUCCAUUUGUUGGUGAAGCCCUUCCUACUCUUAUGGCAUGCGUUCUUCUCAGUAAUCUUGGGGCAGCUAUCACAGAGGUUGCACAAGAUGCUCUUAUUGCAGAAUAUGGACAAAAACACAAAAUUGUUGGGAUACAGUCGUAUGCAUUCAUGGCAAUAGCUGUUGCAGGAAUUCUAGGCAACUCAUUGGGCGGUAUACUACUGUUGAAAAUAUAUCCAAGGGCUCUAUUGUUAAUUUUUACUCUCUUGCUUUCUGUUCAGCUUUUGAUUUCCUUAUUGACAAAGGAGGAGUCCCUUGGUUUACAAAAGCCCGUUGUUAAUCAAAGUUCAUCAAUUUCCAUUGUUGAACAAAGUUCAACCAUUAGCAAUAUCAAGAAACAGUUUUCUGGUCUUCAAGUUGCCCUGACUGAGGAUAAGAUAUCUCGCCCUCUAUUUUGGGCGGUAGCUUCCAUUGCAGUAGUGCCGAUGCUAACAGGAUCUAUCUUUUGUUAUCAAACACAGUCCCUUAAUCUUGACCCUUCAAUUAUUGGAAUUUCCAAGGUAAUUGGGCAGAUGCUGCUAUUAUCUUUAACUGUGCUCUAUGAUCGAUUUUGGAAAAAUAUUCCAAUGAGGAAGUUGAUCGGCAUAGUACAGUGCUUGUAUGCUUUCUCUCUCCUGCUGGACCUUAUUCUAGUCAAUCAAAUCAACCUGAAGUUAGGAGUACCAAACAAUGUAUUUGCUUUGUGCUUCUCGGGGUUGGCUGAAACCAUCGCCAUUUUCAAAACAGUACCAUUUUUUGUGCUUAUUGGCAGCUUAUGCCCUUCGGGAAGUGAGGCUUCAGUUACUGCAUUCCUGGCCUCAGCUUUGACUUUGUCAUCAAUUAUUAGUUGUUUCUUAGGCAUUGGGUUGACUUCUAUACUUGGUAUAACUUCUGACAAUUACUCUAGCCUCUCUGUUGGGAUCAUGCUGCAGAGUUUGGCUGCUUUAGUGCCUUUAGUUUGGAUCAACAACCUGCCUAUUACACAAGUUUCAGUUGAAAAGGAAAGGAAGAAAGGCAGAAGUAAAAGGACAAGAAAAAACCGGAGAGUUGGAAGAGUGCCACUUAACUUAACUCAAUCUUUUGCCUAUCGACGAGAAAGAGAAUCAGAGACACAAAGAUGACUACGUUCCAGAUUCUGUUAUUUUGGCAGAAAACAGUAAUCAACACGAAUGACUUGUGUCUCAUGGUACAGUACACGGUCUAAGUGAACCAGGAUUAUUCAAAGAGCCUCAAGAACUGAGCUGGUGCCGAUUUGCUUUUGGACAUCAAGGCGUUAUGUGGUUAUUCUGAUGCCAAGUUGGUUCCUGCUGAAAAUGCUUGAGAUCUAUGGUGUAAGUAUCACCAGUUCUCUCUAUCUCUGUUAAGUUGUUGUGGCGAACACACAAUUGAUAGAAGAUACAGACGAAUUUCUUGAACCUCAUCCAGGGUGCUUAUCGAAUGCACCAUUGAUCUAGAAGAUGCAUAUAAGUUGCUCAUUUGGGUUACAGACAAGACAAGGUGUUAAUCAAAGCACAAGCUGAGCCACUCAGUUUUGUUUCAAUUGUAUUUCCACAUUCCAAUCAAGAUUUGGUGCAUUAAUUUGACCGAAACGUCUUGGAAAAAUAGCCAAUAGUAAUAGGUCAGGGAUUUGUUACUAAUAUCUGUUUGAUUCGCCUGAAUCCCAAAUUUUGUUUAACAAAAUCUCUUGUAAUCAUUCAUUCAUGUAUAUAAAUAAUAAACUUUUUUCUUAUUUCGCCUGCC